GACGCUAAGCUUGUUCUGAGCUCGACCACAGGAGACGCCCACAGAGAGGAGAGAUGGAGAAGCCAGCCCUGCAGACGCAGCCGUCCACCCUGCCUUUUUUCGACACGGCGCACGCUUUUAACCUGCUGCGCGGGAUCCACGAGCUCCGCGCCGAGCGCAAGUUCUUCGACGUGACCCUCUGCGCCGAGGGCCGCGAGUUCCACUGCCACCGGACCGUGUUGGCUGCUGCCAGCACCUACUUCCGGGCCAUGUUCGCCGGAACUCUGAGGGAGAGCGCCAUGGACCGGGUGGUCCUCCACGAAGUGUCGGCGGAGCUCCUGGGCCUCCUGGUGGACUUCUGCUACACCGGCAGGGUCACCGUCACUCAGGAUAACGUGGACCUGCUGCUCAAAACGGCCGAUCUGUUCCAGUUCCCCUCGGUCAAGGAGGCGUGCUGCGCCUUCCUGGAGCAGCGGCUGGAUGUCUCCAACUGCCUGGAGAUCCAGGACUUUGCCGAGGCGUACGCCUGCAGGGAGCUGGCGGCCAGCGCGCGGCGCUUCGUCCUCAAAAACAUCAUGGAGCUGGCCAAAGGGAUGGACUUUGAACGGCUGCCGUGGAAGCGGCUGGUGGAGUUUGUGUCGGACGACGAGCUGUGCGUGGACAAGGAGGAGACGGUGUAUCAGAUCGCGGUGCGCUGGGUGAAGGCGGACCUUCAGCGGCGCCUGCACUACUGGCCCGAGCUGCUCCAGCAGGUCAGGCUCCCGUUCGUCAGGAGGUUCUUCCUGCUGGCCCACGUGGAGAGCGACCCGCUCGUCUACCUCUCGCCCACCUGCCUCCGCAUGGUCAACGAGGCCCGAAGCUUCCAGUCCUGCGAGUACGACCGCCACGACCGGCUCUGCCACCGCAUGCGGCCGCGGCCCUCCACGGGCCUGGCCGAAAUCCUGGUCGUGGUCGGAGGCUGCGACCAGGACUGCGAUGAGCUGGUCACCGUAGACUGUUACAACCCUCAGACAGGACAGUGGCGCUACCUGGCGGAAUUCCCCGACCACCUCGGAGGAGGUUACAGCAUAGCUGCCCUCGGGAACGACAUGUACGUCACAGGUGGCUCUGAUGGCUCUCGCCUCUACGACGGCGUGUGGCGCUACAAGUCCAGUGUGAACGAGUGGACCGAGGUGUCGCCCAUGCUGAAGGCCCGCGAGUACCACAGCUCCUGCGUGCUGAAGGGCCAGCUGUACGUGGUGGCCCUGGACAGCACCGAGCGCUACGACCACGCCCUGGACUGCUGGGAGGCGCUGCCCGCCAUGCUGCACCCCAUGGACAACUGCUCCACCACGGCGUGCAGCGGGCGCCUCUACGCCAUCGGCUCCCUGACCGGGGAGGACACCAUGGCCAUCCAGAGCUACGACGCAGACGCCAACCGCUGGACAAUGGUCAAGUGCGGACAGCUGCCGCCGUGGUCCUUCGCCCCGAAAACCGUGACCCUCAACGGCCUCAUUUACUUUGUCAGGGAUGACUCAGCCGAGGUUGAUGUGUAUAAUCCCCAGAAGAACGAAUGGGACAAAAUUAGCCCCAUGACCCAGGUCCACGUUGGAGGCAGCGUAGCGGUCCUGGGCGGUAAGCUGUACGUGUCCGGCGGGUACGACAACACCUUCGAGCUGUCCGACGUGGUGGAGGCCUACGACCCGGCCGCCCGCUGCUGGACUCUGGCCGGGCGGCUCCCUCAGCCCACCUUCUGGCACGGCAGCGUCAGCAUCUUCCGACAGUUCAUGCCGCUGGUUUCCAGCGCCUUCCAGCCCGCCGACAUCCCCGAGUCCAACGGCGUCCACCUGCACCGCCACCACCGCCACCAGGCCCUGCAGAACCUCAACAACCUGAACCAGAACCAGGGCGUGAACCCAGCGCACUGA